AUGGCCGUGAUAGUCGUACUGCUCCUCGGUGUUAUAACACUAGCCGCGUGGUUCGUGCACCAAAACUUUAGUUAUUGGAAACGCCGCGGGAUUCCUCACGAUGAGCCCAACAUUCUAUUCGGGAACUCUUUCGAGUCCAUGAGAACUAUGCAAUUAUCAAAUAUUUUCAAACGAACCUACUUCAAGUUUAAAAAGAACACCGAUGGACCAUUCGUGGGAUUUUAUAUGUUUUUUAAAAAGAUGGCCAUCGUCACAGAUAUUGAUUUCGCAAAGACGGUAUUAAUUCGCGAGUUCGACAAGUUCCACGAUCGGGGAAUUUUUCACAACGAACGGGAUGAUCCACUGACCGCUCAUCUAGUGACCAUUGAAGGUCAGAAGUGGAAAACUCUGCGCCAGAAAUUGACUCCCACAUUCACAUCUGGCAAGAUGAAGACUAUGUUCCCCACGAUUUUGGACGUGGGCGACAACAUGAUUCGAGUUUUUGAUAAGAACAUUUCCGAAAGUAAAGACUCUUUGGAGAUAACGGAUUUAGUAGCCCGUUUCACCGCUGAUGUAAUCGGAACCUGUGCCUUCGGAUUGGACUGCCACAGCUUGUCUGAUCCCAAAGCGGAGUUUGUUAAAAUGGGAAAUGCUGCCAUCACCGAACGACGAUAUGGAAAGUCCAUGGAUCUCUUUUUGUUUGGGGCCCCAAAACUAGCAGCCAAGUUGCGUAUGAAGGCGAACGUCCAAGAAGUCGAGGACUUUUACAUGAAUAUCAUCAAGGAAACCGUGAGCUAUCGCAUCAAAAACAAUAUAAAACGAAACGAUUUUAUGGACAUGCUAAUUGAUAUGAAACUGAAACACGAUAGCGGCGACAAGUUAAAUGGCUUGACAUUCAACGAAAUCGCUGCCCAAGCUUUUAUAUUCUUCCUGGCUGGAUUUGAAACCAGCUCCACAACCAUGGGAUUUUCUCUUUAUGAGUUGGCCAACAAUCAGGAUAUUCAGGAUAAGCUAAGGAUUGAAGUAGAUAGUGUCCUGAAGAAAUACAAUGGAAAACUAUGUUAUGACAGCAUGAGGGAGAUGAUUUACUUGGAAAAGGUCAUUGAUGAAACCAUGAGAAAACGCCCGGUAGUUGGACAUUUAAUCCGCAAUGCCACUCAACGCUACGAGCACAGCAAUCCAAAGUAUUACAUUGAAAAGGGCACUGGAGUGAUCGUGCCCACCUUGGCCAUUCAUCAUGAUCCCGAGUUCUACCCAGAACCAGAGAAGUUCAUUCCUGAGCGUUUUGAUGAGGAUCAGAUCCAGCAGCGUCCUCCUUGCACAUUCUUGCCUUUUGGUGAUGGUCCUAGAAACUGCAUUGGACUGCGAUUCGGAAGAAUGCAGGUUGUCGUUGGAAUGGCUCUGCUGAUCCACAACUUUAAGUUUGAGGUGCACCCCACAAAGACUGUAAUACCUUUAGUUUAUAGGCCCGAUGAUAUUCUCUUGAGUUCUAAGGGCGGAAUUCAUUUGAAAGUCAGUAGGGUUGGGAAAUUCAGAAUAAACAAAAUCGUAACUAUCCACCUAACUACCUACGAAAUGCAAAACAUGUGGAUCGUUUUCCUGAUCAUCGGAUUGUUGGUGCUCGGGCUGCUGGUUCUGCUAAUAAUAGCGGCGCGGUAUCAGAGAGAUUAUUGGCGCUAUCUGAACAUUCCGCAUGAGAGGCCGAAAAAGCUAUGGCCUAUCAUCAGGCAAAUAAUGACGCAGACAUUAAGUACUGAGGCAAUGAAGGCGAAUCAUUAUUCGGCCAUAUACAACAAGUUCAAGGGAAGCGGUCCAUUUUGUGGAUUCUACGCUCUGCUGCAGCCACGAGCUUUGAUCCUCGACCGGGAGCUGAUCCGACAGAUAAUGAUCAAAGACUUUUGGAAUUUCAAUGAUCGUGGAUUGUAUUGUAACCAGAAAACAGAUCCUUUAUCCGGUGAUCUCUAUGCUUUGCGAGGAGAGAGCUGGAAGGAGAUGCGCAGGAAAUUGGAUCCUAGUCUUGAAGGUGAUCGCAUGUCCUGGCUGUAUGGUUGCCUCUAUGGUGAGGCAGCGGAGCUCCUGCUAACUGUUAGUUCUACUCUUAUGAGUCAGUCACAUUCCACUCUUCACAUUCAGAAGAUUAUGCGACGCUAUGUUUUGUCUGCCCUGGCGAAAUGUGUUUUUGGUUUGGAUGCCCAGCAGAGGUUGUCGUAUCCAUUAGAUGGUUUCGAGCAGAUGACUGAAAUGGCCUUGAAUAGUCAUAAACAUGGCUACCUAAUGAACCUAAUGAUGAUCCGCUUUCCGAACUUCUGUCGAAUGCUGCGUAUGCGUCGUACUCCCAAACCGGCAGAGGAUUAUUUCGUGAAGCUUCUUUCGAAUAUUGUGGAGCAGCGUGAGGCGUCGGGUGUCCGACAACAGGACUAUCUGCAACUCCUGAUGGAUGUCAAAGCACUGGAAUUGAUCACCCACCAGUAUGAAUCAGAUAAGGAGCUGGCAUUGCAUCUGCAAAAUGAACUGGCCGCCCAUGCAGUUGUCUUUUUGAAGGCAGGAUACGAGCAAACGGCCAACACUCUGUCCUAUGUUCUCUACGAACUUGCCUCGCAUCCGGAUCUGCAAAUCCGAGUUAGGGAGGAGAUCAAAAAGGCCAUUGAACGGCACGAGGGUAACAUUAACUACGAGUGCAUUCAGUCGCUGGCUUUCAUGGGUCAGGUGAUCAAUGAAACCCUACGGAUGCAUCCCAUAACACCCUAUAUCCUACGUCGCACCCUCAACGAUUAUGCUGUGCCAAAUCAUCCCAAAUACAUACUGGUCAAGGAACUGUUCCUAAUUAUUCCCACACAUGCCAUACAUCACGAUCCGGAUAUUUAUCCAGAGCCGGAGAAGUUCAAACCAGAUCGUUGGGGUGGACCAAGGGAUUCACUGCAGGACCAGGCUACCUGGUUUGGAUUCGGCUUGGGUGCACGAAGCUGCAUAGGAAUUCAGUUUGCGCAGCUGCAACUGCGAUUGGCUUUGACACUCCUCCUCUCCGAAUAUGAAUUCACGUUAGAUACUAGGAAGCCAUUGGUAAACUUGGAUGAUGGCAUAGCGCUUACUCUGAUGCCAUUGGGAGUUAUAGAACCCGGGAGUGAGGAGAGAGCGGUAUAAAUUGGAGACAAGAUCACUGACAUGAGUCGAAACUCUGAGUUAGUUAAAAUAUUUUCUGAACUCAAUUUAAAUAUUUCCGCUUUCUGCUUAAUAUGGAAAAGUGAUUAAAGCGUCUUAUUUGUUGUUAUAAAAAUGUGUAGAUGACCAAGAGAUUAAGCUUAUGUCAGUGUCUAAGUCUCUGGCUUUAGCUUAAUGAUGAAGAAUUUACUCGAUGAACAAAGUCUAGAAAGCAAUACUAAACUCAGCAUGUUAACCAACCAAAAAAUAAUUACGAAACUAAAGGUCAGCAAUUUAGAAUAGUUAAUUUUAAAUACAUUUUCUUUAUUUAAGAAUUUAUUUAUUUUGAAAAACAUUUCGUUUAAAAUAGCUUUUGUUUAAUUUCUAUUAAAUACACAUUGUCCUCCUAAGGAUGAACCUUUUGAUUUGUUAAAAUUUUUGUCAAUUUGAUUCAUUGUUUGUUGUUAUUUAUGGUUAGUAUAUAUUUAUAUCGUUUUUAUUUUGCAUUGUCGAUUGCUUGAUAUGGUUGGUUGGUUUGUCGGCUACUCUAAGAUCGGUAGCUCAGGCCUGUGCAGUACUUAAUAGCAAGUGUUGAUCGUUUUGUGUCAGAUAUAGUAUAUAUAUAUUAAAGAGUCUGCUGUUUUCGUUGAUUAAUCAAUAUCGAAAUUAUAUAGUUACAUUACACAUUAGCACUAAAAAUUAGAUUUACAAAUAAAUAAAAUAUAUAUAUAUAUAUAUAUAUAU